GUGGAGGGGGUAGGACGGAAGAAAAAUGGCUGACCUGGAGUUCGAGCAGUUCGGCCAGAAAUUCGAGAAAAGCUAUCAGAAAUGUUCCACCACUAGUUCACCAUUUUAUUCAUUAGUUCACUUGGAUGACGACUCUCCUGGCACAACCCCUUCUCCAGAACACGAGCUCAAUGACUGUGAUAUAUCCAUUCCAGAGGCGCAUUCUAGCUUACCGGAGAAACAUGGACCUCAAUCGUUAAAAGAAGACCGAAGCAAAUCGGCUGACAGUUUCGGCAGAGGAGCACCCACCCCACCAUGGACUGGUGAAAGACGUCGACGAAAAUUACCAGAAAUACCAAAAAACAAAAAGUCUGCCCUAGUCACAAUGUACAACGCUCAACAGCAACUGUCACGAGAAAUGUCACUGGCAGAAGAAAUGGGUGGGGCCAGCAGCGGACCCAGCUCUCUGCUAGUGCUAAAAUGUGGAUAUUUAUGGGACGACUCACCAGAAUCAGACAGGUUACUUACUGAUGCAGAUAGCGGUCACUCGACUGCCCAUUCCCCAACUGGUACCGAUGGACCUAAAUCUAUGUCUCCUUUGAUGGGAAGCAGCCCUUCCAUGGUCGGAGGGAUGAUGUAUAACGAUGUAGAGAUGUUAGAAGCAAGCCACAGGGCUUUACAUAAAUUUUUACCACGACACGAAGACGAAAUAGAACUUGAAAUAGGCGAUCCUGUAUAUGUUCAGAAAGAAGCAGAUGAUUUGUGGUGUGAAGGUGUCAAUUUGAGAACCGGCAGAAUGGGCAUCUUUCCUUCGGCAUAUACGGUCGAUUGCGACUAUAGCGAAUGGGAUUCUUCCACUGAACAUGGUAGAAGAGAAAGAUAUAUCUUAGGUUAUAUAGGCUCAGUAGAGACCCUAGCCCAUAAGGGCACUUCCGUAGUGUGCCAAGCAGUCAGACGAGUCAUCGGUAAUACAGGGGCGGAACCAGAAGUCCAACCCUGUACUUUAGAGGUUUCCGAUCAGGGCCUGAGGAUGGUAGAUAGGAGAAAACGAAACCAAAGCGAACCCUGCAUAGAUUACUUCUAUUCCUUGAAAAAUGUCAGUUUUUGUGCUUUCCACCCUAGAGACCACCGAUAUUUGGGCUUUAUCACCAAGCAUCCGACACUUCAAAGGUUCGCCUGUCACGUAUUUAAGGGCCAGGAUUCUACAAGACCAGUGGCGGAAGCUGUUGGAAGAGCUUUUCAAAGAUUUUACCAGAAAUUCAUAGAGACUGCUUACCCCGUAGAAGAUAUCUACAUAGAAUAAAUAUCUCUAAGAUAGAAUAGUAUGAAUAAGAUAAGAAGAUGUAAGAGAAAGCAGCCAAAUGCAUGGAAAAAUCUAAUUUAUAAUAAAUAUUCUCUUUUGAUCGGAUUUCUUUAAAGAAAAAAAGAAAAAUAUAGUCAGAAUAUUUUGAUACAGUUUUUAUUUUUGGGUACACAUAUAUUUGGCUAUUUUCUCUCAAUGAUAAAUAAGGCCUUAAGUAAUAAGAAGAAGAUAUAAGACGUUGAUCUAUAGUUUGUCUAGCGAGAGAAUAAUUAUCUUUUCGACAAACGGAAUCCAAAAUAUUAUACAGAUCUUACGAGAGCUAGCAACGUCGGAAAAACAAGUAUUUUAAGACGUCUGGCUCUUUGAUAUAUCUUUUACUAUGCUCUCUAGAACAGCAUGCGGCCCGUCUG